AUGAUAUCAAGGAUACAACUCAGACAAUCAAAAUAUUGUUUUAAUUUAAUAAAUAACAAUAGUUAUGCAACAGUUGCUGAUGUUAAGACCAGUCAGCCUGCUUUGGAAACCUCCUAUGCGAAUAGCUUAAAAGAAGAAUGGUCUGGAGCAAAACCUUUCGAUAGCGUACCAGGUCUUUCUAAAUUUCAAAAGUUUCGGGGUUUUAUGAAAGGUGGUGAAUUUCACAAUUUAUCAUUUGUUGAUGUUUUGAGUUUGCUACGCAAACGUUAUGGCGAUAUCUAUUAUAUGCCUGGCUUAUUUGGUUCAAGUUCAAAUUUGAUAACAUUCAAUUUGGAUGAUCAUGAGAAAAUAUUUCGCACCGAAGGAACAUAUCCUGUAAGACCAGGUAAUGAAUUGGUAAAGUACUAUCGUUUGUCAAGAAAGGACAAUUUUUAUGCUGAGGAAUGUUUGGGAGUAGCUGGAAAUGGCAAACAAUGGGGUAAAUUUCGUCAUGCUGUAAAUCCUAUAUUAAUGCAACCGAAAAAUGCUAAACUUUAUAUGGAUCCCAUGCAAAAAGUAAAUAAUGAGUUUGUACUAAGAAUCAAAGAAAUACGGGAUCCUAAUACCAUGGAGGUCCCCGGUACAUUUAUAAAAGAUAUAAAUCGUUUAUCAUUUGAAUCUGUAGCUGUUGUAGCAUUGGAUAAAGAAAUGGGUCUCAUCAGAAGCACAUCAAUUACUCCAGAAGCUAAAGAGCUGUUCGAGAAUUUGCAAAUGUUUACUAGAGCUUUUUACGAUUUGGGCAUUAAACCUUCGAUCUAUAAAUAUAUCAAGACACCAACAUACAAACGUUUCGAAAAAUGUAUGGACAAUAUGUUUGAUAUAUGUUUAAAAUUUACCAACGAGGCUAUACAACGUUUAGAAAAGCAAGGUGCAAAUGCUGAAGGAAAUAGCGUUUUAGAAAAAUUACUAAAAAUUGAUCGGAAAAUUGCCAUGAUUAUGGCCAUUGACAUGUUGAUUGGUGGUGUUGAGAUAACCUCAUCUAUUUUAUCGGCCAUUAUGCUUUGUUUAGCCACCAAUCCAGUAAAACAACAGAAGUUGCGUGAAGAAAUACUGAAUACAAUUGGUAAAACUGAAAAAUUCACUGUAGAGAACACGAAAAAUUUACCAUACUUGAGAGCUUGUAUCAAAGAAGCCAUAAGACUAUAUCCCGUAAUUUUUGGCAAUCUAAGGUCGACUGGAAUGGAUCUAUGUUUAAGUGGUUAUCAAAUACCCAAAAACACAAAUGUUUUAUUAGCAUCGAAUUUAUUGCUGCAAGAUGAGGACUACUUUCCCAAACCAAAAGAAUAUAUACCAGAGAGAUGGUUACGUGAGGAGAAUGGUGAAAAUGAUAAAAUAUCUGUGAAAAAUAUGCAUCCAUUUACAUUUUUGCCAUUUGGAUUUGGUCCACGUUCAUGCGUUGGUAAACGUAUCGUUGAUUUGGAAAUGGAAAUAACAAUGGCUAAUCUAGUGCGUAAUUUCGAAAUUGAAUUUAAUUAUCCUAGUGAAAACGCUUUUAAAAGUUAUUUUGUCAAUUCGCCAGUUGUACCAUUAAAAUUUAAGUUUACUGAUUUAUAA